AAGGAAUAAUGGAGUGAGGGGGGAGGGCGCGGCGGUGUGCAUGGGAUCAGUAUUUGGCAGGCUCGGGCUGUGUGUUCGGUUUUGUCCGUGUCGCGAAGGAAAAUAGGAAACGGCUCCGUUUGAGCGCGCGAGGAACGGGGACCUCGAGCCUUUUCUCACUCCAGUUUCUCCGUGAUUUGGCGACACGCUGUAAUGGAGGCGGAAAGAUUCGGCGGGGGGACGAAUCAAAAUACUGCGGGUAGCGGAGCUGGGCGAAAUCCCAACGGGCCGAAGACUGUGCUCGGUCCGCCGUCUGCAGCGCCCACCGCCGCGGCUCCAUCAGCGGCGGCCGGGGCCAUGCCUGGGUCCUCCCAGCCACGGGAACAGCAGGACGGGGAGGCGGGCCUGUCGCUGCCCGGGAUUUUACACUUCAUCCAGUAUGAGUGGGGGCGCUUUCAAGCGGAGAAAUACCGCUGGGAAGCGGAGCGAGAUGAGCUGAGGGCACAGGUGGCAUUCCUUCAGGGAGAAAGAAAAGGGCAGGAGAACAUGAAGCAAGAUCUGGUGAGGCGGAUAAAAAUGCUGGAAUAUGCUUUGAAACAAGAGAGAGCCAAAUACCAGAAGCUUAAGACGGGCACUGAUCAGAGCCCAGGGGAGAAGAGGCCCGAUACAGAAAAUGAAACAACAGUUCUGAAUGGUCCAGCAGAUUUGGAUAUUGAGCCAUCCAAUCAGAUGACAUGGAAGGAGGGACGGCAGUUGUUGCGCAAGUACCUCGAAGAGGUGGGAUACUCUGACACUAUUCUCGACAUGCGUUCAAAGCGAGUGAGGUCUCUGUUGGGUCGCAGUAGCCCAGAGGUGAAUGGACCACCCUGUGAAGUUCCUUCAGAACCUGAAAGCCAUGCUAGGGGAGAAUCGCUUCUUGUACGGCAGAUAGAGGAACAGAUCAAAAGGAAUGCUGGCAAAGAAAAUUCUAAAGAGCGAGUCGGAAGUUCAGUCCUGGAUAAGAUUUCCUUCCUGCGAAGCUGCCAGGAUGAUGAGGAAGACAGUGAUGAAGAUGAUGACUUUCAAGGCAUUGCUACAGAUUGCAUUGAUGGGCCACGAAAGAACAAGAAGUCCCAGGGCAAGAUGGGCGAUGAACCCUUGACCACAGUUCUGGACCCUGAGGAUGAAGAAGAUGAGGAGGACUCAGAAGAUGCUCUUAAUGAGUUUGAUUUCCUGGGCUCGGGAGAGGAGAGCGAGGGGGCUGGAGAGGCACGGAUCUCAGGAGAUGGGCGUGAGUUAGAGAACCGCAGGAACAAGUUGCAAGGCAUAAUGUCAGAUUUUCCCCCAAAGUCCUCACAACCGGCUUCCAUCCAGGGUCAGUGCCGCUCUGGGGAAGGGGGCACUCUAGGUUUCUCUUCAGAUGUAUUUAUAUUGGAUGCAGUCGGUGGAGGUGACAUAAAUCUUGGAGAGCUGGCUGACCUAACUGUUGCUAAUGAUAAUGAAGUCACUAAUGAUCUGCAAGACAGUCGUGAGGAGUUUAAAAAGACAUGGAAUCCACGCUUUACCCUCCGAAGCCAUUUUGAUGCUAUCCGAGCCCUUACAUUUCACCCCAGUGAAGCUGUGCUGUUGACUGCUUCAGAGGAUGGCACUCUGAAGCUUUGGAAUCUGAACAAGGCCAUGCACUCUAAAAAAAACGCAGCGCUGGAUGUUGAGCCAGUUUACACGUUUCGAGCACACAGUGGAGCAGUCCUCUCUUUAUCUAUGGGUGAAGAUGGAGAGACCUGCUACAGUGGGGGUCUGGAUGGAAGCGUGCGUUGUUGGAAAAUUCCAGAUCUCAAUGUGGAUCCUUACGACAAUUACGAUCCAGGCGUUGAGAGCAGUGUGUUACUGGGACAUGAGGAUUCGGUCUGGGAUCUGGCAUAUUCACCCACUCUGAAACGCCUGGCCUCCUGUUCAGCAGAUGGCACUGUGCGCAUUUGGGACCCCCAGAGCUCCUCCCCUUGCAUAUCUGUUUUCAACAAGGAGAAAGAGCAUGGCACUCCCACCUCCAUUGCUUUUGGGAAUGCUGACGUGUCCCAGGCAGUUGUGUCAUUUGAUGGAGGUGAGACGGUCCUCUACGACCUGAACACAGAGCAAAGCAUCCUGGUCCUGGAGACCCAAACUAAGGACGGCAGCAAGCUGAUUAACCGUGUGGUCAGCCAUCCAUCUGAACAAAUAUCCAUCACUGCCCACGAGAACCGCACCAUCCGCUUCAUGGACAACAAAACAGGGAAAGUCGUUCAUUCCAUGGUGGCUCAUCUGGAUGCUGUAACCUGCCUUACCACAGACCCGAAAGGCACUUAUCUCGUCUCUGGCAGUCACGACUGUUCAGUUCGCUUGUGGAUGCUGGAUAAUCGAACAUGUGUGCAAGAAAUAACGGCUCAUAGGAAAAAACAUGACGAGGCCAUCCAUGAUGUUGCGUUCCACCCUUCACAGCCCUUUAUUGCCAGCGCUGGAGCUGAUGCACUCGCCAAGAUUUUCGUCUGACAUGGAUUGUUCUCAUAGGUAUUAUAUAUAUGGGACACACCUUCUGUUCUACAUUUGGGCUUAAAGUGUGAAACAUGCUUAUAAUCCCACACACAUCUAUAACACACACACACACGCAUGCACAGAAAAUACAGCACAACUCUGCCUGUGCGAUAAACAUGGCACUCCAUUGCUCCUAUUCAUUUUCUUUCUUUUAAUGCCUCACACACUGCUGUAGGAAUUGUCCUCUGCUGGUAGAAGCAGUUAUUAAUGCAGAAGUUUUGCUACUUACUUAUCCGCACAAGCACUAGUUCACAUUCUGUGUGUAUAGAGGGACUUCCAUUCUGCUGAUGGAUGAAGACACCCUCACACCAACACACAACUAUUUCAGUGUUUUGUUUUGUUUUUUUUGGGGUGGGGGUUGGAACUACCACCCAGACUCCACUCUCAGCUCGUACUUCAGUCAGUGUACAUUUUGAAGAUCUUUAUAUUUCCACAAAUGACAAAGACAGCUGUCUUGUCCAGUGCUGUGGGCAAAUGAUGCAUUUCAUUCCAAAGACUGCUGUGAAGGACUUUCUACAGUCUUCAGUUGCCACUUUGUCAGCAGUACAGCAAAUCUCAUAGCUUUAACUUUGGCCUCACAUCUGCACACAGAAAGCCUUAGAAUUCCAGCGUUCUCUGUACAGUUCUGUAAGUUUUGUGUUAGCUAUGUCUGUUGAGUGUAUGCUAUGAAUGAUUCAUAUUCACACUGGUCACAUUUACAGGCAGUGGUCUGUUGGCGGAUGAAUCACUGUCUUUUUUCAGUAAGUAUAUGUAAGGAACGUUAUAUUGCAGACUGUUGUUGGCUGGGUUAGUGCAAGAAAUGUGUUUUGUAAAUAAUGUGACACUAUCCCAGUAUGCCCUGUACAUAACCCACUGUCUCCCAAAUCUUGGUGCUAAGCUCUUCUGAAUCAGGGAACUGUUGGUGUAAGCGGGUGAAAAGUAUUCGUUCCUGGCCUUAGCCUGCCGUUGCUAAGUUGUACCAUCCAGUAGACAGUUUCCUAUGACUUCAGAACGAUAGCCGAUCGAGUGAAAUUUCAAAAGUGAUGUAAGAAGUAUUUUGAUUUUUAUUAUGUUUGAAGAUCAGUUUGAGGGAGGAAACCAAACUGUAAGGGAAGUGCCAAAUGCAUAUUGGUAAUGGAACAGGGUAAGGCAUUUUCCUCAGAAUGGAUUUAUUAUCUAUUUUCAGCACUCUAAUUUUAACAGUUAGCUGUUUAUGAUUAAACACUCCAAUGCACGAGUUAUUGACCAGUGUGACUGAUGAGCGCAUUCCCAAUAUUUUAACUCAGCCAAGGUUGAAAAAGUAGAUCCUUUUGAUGUGAAGUUAGCUAAAGGAUUCAGGUUGGUACUGUACCUUUCCCAGACAAAAAAAAAAAAAACUAAACAUAAAGUUGACCAUGGAUGGUAUGGCCAGAUUCAUAAAGCACACUGUCAGAUUUAUCACAAUGUUAACAGUAGACAUCACCUCAGUGUACUCUUUUAUUAAUGAAGAUAACAGGUGAACCCAGCUGUAAAUGUUUUUUCAGUGUUUGUAAAGAUUUACUGUCUACUCUCCAUGCUGUACACGCAAUAAAACCUUAUUAAUGUUAGUUAAAUCUGUGGAGUAAACACUGCAAGACCGACAUCACAAAUAAGAGUUGAAACAAAUUGUUUUACUCCAGAAUGAUUUUACAGCAAGCAAACUCUGCACGGUUCAUCACAAUAAAUUAGAUUAAAGAGAUGCUAUUCUUUUACUCUGUUAGAAUAAAAAAUAAGCUUAAACUCAGAGUAAACAUGCAGUUUGUUUUAAAUGUUUAAAAAUUUUCAUUCCAUUUUUAUGGGGAUGUUUUGCCUACAUUGUUCUUCUUGUCAAAGUGACUGUUUUUAGAUUGGAGACCAUAUGAUACUUUUAUUAUUUACCAAACAUGUAUAUUUAUUUUUGUCACUGUUUGUUGCUGUAUUUUACCAAACAGUGCUUCGGCUUUUUUCAUGUUACUGCUCUAAUACUAUUGCUCGGCCUGUAAGGAUUUCACUCUGUUUGGCACUCAGACAGGUGCUCAGUGCUGGGGGGUAUUCCAGAAAGCAGGUUAAGUGACAAAACCGGGUAAGUAAACUCAGAGUUAACGGAAACUCAGAGUUUUCCGUUCCAGAAACCAAGCUUAGAGAGAACCUGAGUCAGUUACUAUAGCAACUUACGCUCUGAAGCUAACCUGCUCGCUGGCAGGUUAGCUUACUCCGAACUCAGGGUUACGGCCACUUUUCUCAUGCAAACGGAUCCAGUUGAUAUUGAAGCGCAAAUUAUUCACAGAGCUCUCCGUCCUGAACGAGUAAUUAGACCCAGAUUAGACGUGUUUUUUAGUUUCUCCUUGAACGUUACCGUUUUUCCUCGCAGUCAAUGUUAUACCUAAACAAUAUUUUAAAGCCAAACAUUUAAAAUAUCCCACAUCGUGGAUCAGCCUUUUAAAGUAUGCCUAACUUUAAAACAGUUGUUGUCCAGUUUUGUGGUGUUCCUGGGCAUAAGCCUUUAAUGAACAUUAAAGAGGAAUUCCACAGAAUUGCAGGGUUGUCUUUAUAACAAAAAUUACAAAAUUAUCAGAAAAAUGGGAAGUGGAAGAUAAGUAGCUCUGCAAAAUUAUAUUUAUUAAAUAAAUAAAUAAUUAUAUUAUUAAAAUAAUAUUUUAGGAUUUCCAAGAGUCAUUGGAUGCAUGGAUGGAACCCACGUUCCAAUUAAAGCACCUGCCUUAAAUGAAGGGGAUUAUGUAAACACAAAAUGCUUCCACAGCAUUAAUAUACAAGUACUGAUCAUAAAUUUACUACUUAAAAAAAGGGACUAAUAUUUAACACAUUACACAAACUUAUUUUCUCCUCCAUUAAUGAUUCCAUGAGUGAUGGGCCUCCACUGUUCUGUGAAAGUGCCAGCUCCUCUGCCUGGGUAAAAGGUGGCGAUGGUGUCAUCCCUCCUGUUUUUCUUACCUCAGCCUUUUUCCUAUUAGCUACAAAACCACAAUCAACUGUAGGGCAACUAAGCUUGAUAAAAGUAACAAUGUUAGGUAGUUGUGUACAAGUCAGACCACUGUGGACUAUGUUUGACUAGUUGACUCUGUCAGCUAUUUUUGCCCAAACUGACUCCCUUGAACGCGCUUCAGCUGGGGUUAACCUAAUCAGAGUUGAGUAACCUAACUCUGAUCAGCUGCUGUGGACUGAAAACUCGGAGUAUGACGCGGUGAGGUAAGUCAACUCGGAGUUCAGGGUUAGGUUUGGAGUUUGUUGAACCAGCUUUCUGGAAUACCCCCCUGGUCAUUAGAUGGUGAGGGUAAAACCCUGCAGUGUGACUUAAAUUUUAUUAUUGUGCCACACGUUUUACUCGUGGUUAGCAUCAGGAUGAAUCUGACCUGAUGCCAUUUGUGCUAAAUGAUGAGUUAGCUGCUCAAUAAAUCAACACAUGAACUGGCUUUACUGGGAGAAACUUCAAUGCACGCUAAUGAUUAGCAUCAUUCUACACUACACCUGAACCUAAAAAGGAUUAUUUAGUUUCCAAUUAAACUAAUUAUCUAGAUUAUCUCUAGCAGACCCCAGAUGGCACGAGUCUGUGGGAAAUUUCACAUUUGAAACUCAUACUGACAUUUAAUAUCAAAGUAACAACACUGCAUACUAUGGGGAAAUUAUUUGAUAAAUAAAGAAAAGCUGCCACAGCUCUUGAAUUUUUCUCCAAAAGUUUUCGUUAUUGUGAUUCCAAUGAUUGAAGUGUACGUAUACAAUAGUGUCAUAAAUUAUCAUUUUCUAGGCUUAGGAGCUGCUUGUUUGGGGGAGGGGACUGUUGAAUAAACUGGUUGUUUGAUAUGAAAAAGUCAUGGUAAAAGGACUGAUUAUUCCUGAGUUUUCUUAAUCGCAAUUUAUCACUGUGUGAUAUAUUGUAAAUCAUAUUAAACUGCAUUUAAACAUUAUGCUCUAACUCCAAGACCUGCCUUUUAUUUAUUUUGUUUUGUUACACAUUUUUAAACUGCAUUCUAGCUUUAAAUUAAAAUUAAAUUUACAUACAUUUACUGUUCUUUAAUUUUCAUUUGUGUGCAGGUGUUUUGUUAUUUGGAGAAAAAAAUAAAGAUUUUGUACAUA